AUGUCUAAAGCGAGGUGGCCGGCCGUAACCGGUCUCAGCGAUGUUCGUAGCGAACAACGGCGAUCACCACUCCGAGAGAGUGGCUCACCGUCGACCCAGCGGCCCUCUUUAGGGCCACUCACAUCCAGCCCCCAACCCCGUGAUUCCCAUUACGAGCCUCGCGCUCAAAGGGAUAGGGAAGGGGGAAAACGGCUGUGGUCCACUCGUGAACUACAGCAACUUCAGGUAGUAGCAAAUCGUUUCCGUCAUCCAGACGGGAGAAUUCGGUGGGCGCCCUUGGCUGUAGCCUGGGAAGACUCACGAGACUCUGGUCAGCCCCAGCGGACCAUAGCGGCUUUAAAAGCUGCUUAUGCGAAACUGGUGCGAAGAUCUCGGACGGAGGCUAGCGUGCCGUCCACCCAAUCUGAAACUUCGCGAGUCCCUGAGCCUGACGAGGAGGGAGAAAUCCCAACUCACGACGGGACUACAGGAAUUGACGGUGCUCCUGAGCAUGCCGAGAAUGGAGAACUCCCUACUCGAGACGGGACUGCACGAGAUGCUGUCCCUGAGCCUGCCGAGGAAGGAGGAACCCAGACUCGUGAUGGAGCACAAGGAUUUGACGAAGUCUCUGAACAAGGGACUAGUCUGAGUCUAAGUAAUGAGACUUCUGAACAGCUUGAAAUCCAGGAGUUUAUCUCCAGGAAGUUCAGAAAAUUCCACUACUUAGCAAGAGGUUCUUAUGACAGAGUUCCGAUCAGGAAACCUUUGAGAGAAAUCCCAAAUGAGUUUCUAGAAAUCGGCACUAGGAUCUUGGCACAGCAUGUGCCGGACGUGUGUUCGGACGGUCGGAAGUAUCUCGCCAAACUUAACGCAGCGGUGUAUGCAAUAGGGCUAGCUAUUGUUGCCGCUACGAACAGGUUGGAUGACGAUACCGAAGACCCGAAGAAAACUCUAAAAAUUGAACAGGAAAUUCGAAGCACUCUUGUGGCAAACAUCACCACUUUGGUGAAUGGUAAUACGGAUCGAAAAAGAUGCGUUUCCAGGAAUCGUCCUUGGUAUCCAUCCAGGGCCUUCCUGGGGCUAGUUCGUAUCUAUAAGAUUCGUCAUAAAGUCGAGACUUAUGCCCUCAUCAGAGAGCUGAAGGAUCGGCUUAUUCAGACACAGUCAAACAUCCGGUUGCUAGAAAAUUCUCUGCAGCGAAUGCGUGCGCGCCGCAGAGGAUACCCGGCUGUCAUCCGAUCGGCAUCGAGUAUCGACCCAUCGGUGCGAAUACCAGUGGAUCAAGUUCAUGAUUACUGGGAAAACAUCGUGGGACGAGAAAAACCCUUUGAAGUAAGC